AUGAAGAUACGAGAGGUUCUUAAUCACAGAACUAAUCUGUAUUCAUUUUUAUUUGUAGUUUUUACAAUUUUUAUCCAAUUUCAAUUUUCGAAUGCAACGACAUUACCGGUUACUAGUGUAACCCCUUUACGAAUUGUUGCUCUCAGUGAGCAAAUUAUCACUGUAGCAGGUGCUGGAUUUUCUACGAGUUCCGUAGUUGUCAUCGUGACACCUACCAACACCAUCAAGAAUCUUUGUGUCCCGGUGGGGAUUAUUACCUCUGUAACGAUUAUCUGUAGAACCGAAAAGAUCCGAUACACUGGAGACUACACUCUCUAUGUUCUACCAAACAUUAUUACACCUCUCAACAUCGGUGUCGAUCAGGGUGUCAAAAUCAACUUUGUUCCGACCAUUGGAAGAAUCUCCAAUGUUUCACCUACUACUAGCUUGAAUCAGGUGACCAACAAUGUGCUGACAAUCACCGGUCAGUGGUUCAUGAACGACGUACAGGUCAGUCUCACCAAUAUCCACCCAAUCACUGUGACUUCGGUGACUGACACAAUGAUCAUCUGUAGCUUCUCUCAGCUACCAAUCGGUGGCAAUGCCUAUCCAGUCGUCGUCAGAAAUCCAGGUGCCGCCGCUGAGAGUUUCCCAUUGAUUGUGAACAUGCCCGUGCCUACAUUAACCUUCGUUUCACCCAACACCGUUCUAGUCAAUUCAAAUACCUCCGUUCAACUUUAUGGUAACAUGUUUGUAUGUGACAAAGUCUCCAUUAAAAUUCGUAACGUAGCUGGAUACUUUGCUGUAAACCAAUGUUCACCAACAUCAGUCACUGCAACUUAUAUUGGACAGCCAGCAAUUACAGCUGGAGGUACCGUCAUUCAAGUUGACAAUGGAGGUUUUACCUCAAAUGGCUUACUAUUCACUUUAACUAAUCCAGCACCAGUCAUUAAUACAGUAAACCCAGGUUCUGCUAUUUCAAAUGUUAUCUCAAGAUUGACUAUUUCUGGUUCAGGAUUUUUACCAUCGACAACUGUAUUCACACUCAAUAGUAAUAUUUGUCCAGUGGUUUCUUUAGCAUCCAACACUGCAAUAAUCGAUUGUCAGUCAAAGCCAACCUUAUAUGGUAGCUAUCCAUUGGUUGCCAGAAAUGCUGACCUCACCUCAAAUACCUUUUUAUUCAAAAUUGUUUCACCAACUCCAACCAUUAAUACAAUUUUACCUAAUCCAGUUGUUGCUGGUUCAGUUAGUCCCCCAGUAACUGUAAUGGGUACAAACUUUAUUAAUGGACUCACUACUGUUACUAUCGAUGGACUUCAGUGCUCACCUCUUGGUGUUAGCUCACCGACAUUCUUGACUUGUCAAGCUCCUACCUCUCUGCUUGCAGGUACACGUAGUCUCAUUGUCACCAAUGGUUUGGUCAACUCUGUCACUACACCGAUCCCAUUUGUAAAUCCAACACCAGUAAUCCAAUCGAUUUCACCAACUCAGCAAAUCUCUGAUGUAGUCACCCCGUUGACUAUCACCGGUAGCGGUUUCUUAUCGAGAGUUUCCGUUGUCACAGUUGGACAAUUGGUUUGUGCUCAGGUCAGCAUUACAGCAACCAGAAUCAUUUGUAACUCUAAUGUUCAACUGAUUGACUCUACAGUCAAUGUUGUUGUUACCAACAGCCCUAUUGUCUCAAAUGUUGUACCAUUUAUAAUCAAGCCACUUACACCAACAGUAACCGCCAUCACACCAGCAACAGUUCUCAACAACCAGACCACUGGAAUCUCGAUUACCGGUACUAAUUUCGUGCUGAAUGGAAUGACUAAAGUCUACAUCAACAAAGUCUUGGUCCCAUCGACCACCCAAUCCAAAAACUUAAUUACUGCAGUCGCUCAACCACUCCCAGUUGUCGGAGUUAUCACACUUUCAGUUCGUAACUCACCGGCUAUUCUUGUCGAUAAAACGAUUACCUAUACCGCUUCUCAACCAAAAAUAGCAUCGAUAACACCAAAUAUUCAGACAUCGGACGUACUCACAAGAAUCACCAUUAGUGGUAGUGGAUUUUUAAAUGGUUACUCGACUGUCAAAGUUGGAUCGGUUGUAUGUGCACCAGUCAGCACAGCCGGAACUCUAAUUAUUUGCAAUUCUCAACCACAGUUACUCGAUGCAGCAGUGAAUGUAGUUGUUACAAAUGGUCCACUUGCUUCAAACUUGGUUGCACUAACAUUCAAACCGUUGGUUCCAACCAUCACAGCUAUCACACCAGCUACUGUAGUCAACAACGUUUCUACACCAAUCUCUAUUAUCGGUACCAAUUUCGUUAUUGGAAUGGUCAAAGUCUAUAUCAACAACGCUCAAGUAGCACUAGUUUCAUCGACCAAAACUCUGUUGGUUACCAGUGCACCUUCAUUACCAGUUGUCGGUCCUCUUCAACUCUCAGUUAGAAACUCUCCAAGUAUUUUGGCAAAUGGAGUCAUCACAUAUGCCGCCUCUACUCCAGCCAUUGCCACCGUAACACCAACAACUCAAGUACCGGAUGUCAUGACACCAAUUACCAUUGCUGGUAGUGGUUUCAUGCAGGGUGUGUCGCAAGUUAAAGUUGGAGCAGUUGCAUGUCCGAUCGUGAGUGUAACCGCCACCAGAAUCAUUUGUAAUUCACAACCACAGUUGGUUGACUCCACCGUUAACGUUGUAGUCACCAACGGUCCAAUCAACUCGAAUGCAGUUCCAUUCAUAAUUAAACCAUUGGCACCAACCAUCACCGCACUCUCACCAAAAAGUGUACUCAACAACCAGACAUCGACAGUAUCCAUCACCGGUACCAACUUUGUCGUUGGAAUGGUAAAGGUCUACUUUAACAACGUCCAAACAUCCACUCUCACCAUCUCAAAGACUUUGAUUGUCGCCACUACACCUUCACUUCCAAUCAUUGGAAAUGUUGCAGUUUCCGUAAGAAAUACACCAGCUAUCAUCGUUAAUACAGUAAUCCAAUACAACGCUUCAACACCAGCUAUAGCAUCUAUUACACCAAACACUCAAAUUCCUGAUGUGGUGACACCAAUUACCAUUACAGGUACUGGAUUCCUCAAUGGAGUAUCAAUAGUGAAUGUUGGAGCACCUGUUUGUACAUUAGUAAGUGUAACAGCCACCAGAAUUAUCUGUCGAGCACCAAUCCAGUUAUUGGAUGCAUCGGUCAAUGUUGUUGUCACCAACGGUGCAAUCAAAUCGAAUCUAAUAGCAUUUGCAAUCAGACCAACAUUGCCAACUAUUACCAGUAUUCUACCAGCAUCAGUUCUCAACAAUCAAUCGACACCAAUUACUAUCACCGGUACCAACUUUGUUGUUGGCAUGGUUAAGAUCUCCUUCUCCACUAUUAACGUAGUUCCUUCUUCAGUAUCUAAAACAUCGAUUAUUGCCCUUGCACCAUCGAUUGCAGUCGCUGGGAAUGUUGCAGUCUCUGUUGCCAAUACACCGGCUUUAGUUGCCAAAUUCAACAUUGUCUACAAUUCAUCGACUCCAGUGAUCACUGCUAUCACACCAAACACUAAAGUACCCGAUGUAGUUACACCAAUUACUAUCACAGGUACUGGAUUCCUCAAUGGAUACUCAAACAUCAAGGUUGGCACAGCCAUUUGUCCGCCAACAAGUAUAACCGCCACCAGAAUCAUCUGUAAUGCACCAGCACAAUUGCUAGAUGCCACAGUCAAUGUUGUCGUAACCAAUGGUGCAAUCAAUUCCAAUUUAUUCCCAUUUAUCAUCAAACCAUUGAUUCCAGUGUUCACCAGUAUAACACCAGCAGCAGUUCUCAACAAUCAAACCACUGUUGUAUCUAUCGCUGGUACUGACUUUGUUUCCGGUAUGACCAAAGUAUACUUUAACAAUGCUCUAGUCACCCAAACCAAGUGGAGUAAGACCUUGAUUGUUGUUAACGCACCAUCGCUUCCAGUCAUUGGAAAUGUUGCUGUAUCCGUGCGUAAUACACCAGCUCUCACUGCCAGCAAGACUAUCGUAUACAAUCCAUCGACUCCAUUCAUCCAAACCUUGACUCCAACACAACAAAUCCCAGACCAAUCGCCAGAUUUAACAAUCACAGGUUCCGGUUUCCUUGCUGGUGUUUCGGUUGUAAAGAUUGGUACAUUGGUUUGCGCAUUGACAACCAUUACAAACGUUCGAAUCACUUGUAUCGCUCAAACACAGUUCAACAUUGAUGAAACUUUCAAUCUCACUGUUACCAACGGUCCUUUAGUAUCCAAUCCAAUUCCAUUCUUGGUAAGACCAUUGAAACCAACUAUAACAGCGAUCGCUCCGAAAUCAGUUCUCAACAAUCAAACCAAUAGUAUUACAAUCACUGGUAAUGACUUUGUCCUAUCAAUGUCUAAGGUUACUGUCAACAAUGUUGCCGCUCCCACCACCCUCAUCAACAAGACAAUGAUUAUUGCCAACGCACCAUCGAUUCCACUCAUUGGAAAUGCUCUGGUCGUAGUUAAUAACUCACCCAAGACAUCGUUGACUGCAAGCAUCGCACUCCCUUACACAGCUUCCACUCCAGUAAUUACAAAGCUCAAUCCACUUGGACAAGUUCCAGACACACCCACACUCUUGACACUCACAGGUAGUGGUUUCCUCAAUGGUAUUUCCUCAGUGACCGUUGGAACACUCCAAUGUAAUAUUGUCAGCUGCAACGGAACUACAAUCGUCUGUAAUUCGCUCCCACAACUCGUUCUCACAGUGUUGAAUAUCGUUGUCAAAAACGGUGCUCUCACCUCCAACGCCGUGCCAAUUUCAUUCAAGCCAUUGCAGCCAACCAUUACUUCAAUCUCACCAUCGGUUGUAGCCAACAACCAGACUACUGUCAUCACUAUUACCGGUACCAACUUCGUAGUCGGUAUCUCUCAAGUCCAAAUUCGUGGAAUUACAGUUCCAGUCACCCGUGCAACCAAGACACAGAUUAUCACAAAUGCUCCAGUGAUUCCAGUGAUUGGAGUCGUUCCAGUUGGUGUUAUCAAUCUUCCCUAUCUCGUAGCCAACAGUACUAUGACAUACGCUGCAUCUGUGCCAUACGUUUCUGCAGUGACACCAGCCAGCCAACGUCCAGAAGUUGUAUCGCGAAUUACCAUCACUGGUAGCGGAUUCCUCAACAGUAUUUCCACAGUAAAAGUUGGAACACAAGUUUGUGCACUAGUCAGUGUUGUUUCCACUACUAUUAUUUGUGACUCCAGAGCUCAACUGAUUGAUGCAGUUGUCAAUAUCGUAGUUGCCAACGGUGUCGUCAAUUCCAAUACCUUCCCAUAUACAUUCAAACCAUUGCUACCAACCGUCACAUCUGUAGCGCCAACAUCCGUACUCAACAAUCAAUCAACUGUUAUCUCAAUUGUUGGUACAAACUACAUCAAUGGAAUGACCAAGGUAUUCAUUAACAAUGUUGCAGUACCAACGGUAUCGACCACACCAACAUUAAUCGUUGCUUCCGCUCCAUCAUUCCCGAUUGCCGGAGCAAUACCUCUGUCUGUUCGUACCUCACCAACAUCGAUGGCCAACAGAACUAUCACCUAUGUCGCGUCCACACCAAGAAUCUUAACAAUCUCUCCAACUUCACAAGUACCAGAUGUUAUCACACCACUUACUAUCAACGGUAAUGGUUUCUUGAAUGCAUACUCUGUUGUCAAGGUUGGAUCUGCCAUUUGUACUCCAGUAUCAACAUCAGCAACCACAAUCAUCUGUAAUGCACCAGUUCAACUGAUUGCUUCUGUCGUACCUGUAAUGGUUGUUAAUGGUGCUGUCAGCUCGAACAUCAUUAGUUUCUCUAUCAAUCCAUUACCACCAACGUUCACUAAAGUCACACCAUCUACAGUUCUCAACAACCAAACCAAUGCAGUAUCAAUUACCGGUACCAAUUUCGUUGUUGGAAUGACUAAAGUUACCAUCAAUAGCCUUGCAGCAGCAAUUACUUUCAUCAACAAAACAUUGAUUGUAGCAACAUCGUCUCCAGCUCCAAUUGUUGGUCCUGUCAGAGUUAUUGUUACCAGUACACCACAGUUGUUAGUUGAGGGUGUAAUAAUGUACACUCCAUCGACACCUUCGAUCCUCUCGAUUUCACCAUCCACACAAGUACCAGACGUGCCCACACCCAUCACCAUCACUGGUUAUGGAUUCCUCAAUAUAAUGUCCACUAUCAAAGUUGGAAAUAUGGUUUGUACACCGGUAGUUGUAACUUCGACAUCGAUCAUCUGUCAAUCUCCACCUCAACUCUUGGAUGCCACUGUCAACGUUGUUGUCAGCAAUGGUCCAGUCAACUCUAAUCCAUCGCCAUUCAUAUUCAGACCACUCACACCGGUAAUCAACACCAUCGCUCCACCAACCGUUCCCAACAAUCAAACUACCACUAUCUCCAUCAUCGGUGCCGAUUUCGUUGUUGGAAUGGUCACUGUCUAUGUCAACAAUAUACAAAUAACACCACUUUUCGUUAGUAAGACUGUCAUUGUUAUCACUGCACCAUCGCUUCCAAACGCAGGAAAUAUCACUCUCUCCGUACGUAAUACUCCAACCAUCUUGGUCAAUAAGUUUAUUCUCUACACUGCUUCCACCCCGAUUAUAGCAUCUAUUUCGCCAGCCGUACAGAUUCCAGAUGUAGUUACACCAAUUACAAUUGCUGGUAGUGGUUUCUUGAAUGCUUACUCAUCGGUUAAAGUUGGAGCAGUUGCAUGUCCAACUGUGAGUGUAACCGCCACUAGAAUCAUUUGUAAUUCACCAACACAAUUGAUUGAUACAUCUGUCAAUGUCGUUGUCACAAACGGUGAUAUCAAUUCAAAUGCCGUUCAACUCUCGAUUAAACCACUAGUUCCAAUUGUCACCAGUAUAUUACCAUCGUCAGUUCUCAACAAUCAAACCACUGCUGUCUCAAUUGUCGGUGCCAAUUUCAUCAUUGGAAUGUCACUCGUCUACAUCAAUAAUUCACCGGUAACCGUUCAAGUUCCAAGCAAGACAUUGAUUGUUGCUACUGCACCAGCCAUCUCAACCAUUGGAAAUGUACUAUUAUCCGUUCGCAACUCACCCUCUACCACAUGGAACUCUAACAUUGCAUACGUUGCUGCUCAGCCAUUCAUCACAUCGAUUGCACCAGCAUCAAUGAUUGCCAAUCAACCGACUGUAUUAACCAUCCUCGGUUAUGGUUUCACCACCCAAAUAAGUGUUGUCACUGUUGACGGUGUUGCAUGUAAUAUCAUAUCACUCUCAGGUACCACCAUCGUUUGUACUGCACCGGCAUUCAAUUAUAUCGGACCAAAACCGAUUUCAAUUGCCAACGGAUUGCUCAAGUCAAACAACGUUACACUUACCUAUAGUGCUCCACAACCAACAAUCUCAUCAGUCAGUCCAACUACCGUAAUCAAUGUUCAGGGUCCACCAAUCACCAUUACUGGUACCAACUUUAUCCCAGGUGUCACAGGAGUGGUUAUGUCAUUUGAAGUUGGAACACUUCAAAUGCCAUUGGUUUCGAUUACUCCAACCACCAUUAUCAUCUAUGCAGGUUUGGUUGGUGAAGUUGGUCUAGUUGGAAUUAGAGUUACCACUGGAACAUUGUCCGCUUCCACGUCAAUUUCUUAUGUAUCACAAGAUAUUUCCAUCACUUCAAUAACACCCGAUACCGUCAUCAAUGAUCAAGCACAUUUGGUUACAAUUGUUGGUACGGGAUUCGACUUUAGAACUACCACUCUUGAAGCAGCCUCAAGCUUUGUCUGUCUCUCUCCAGUCAUUACUGCCACCACGUUUAUUUGUACAGUUCAAUCAACUCCUUAUAUUGGACCACAAUUUGUCCAGUUGAAAAAUAUCGACAAGGUAUCGAAUCCUUUGACUUUCAACUUUUUACCAUUGCAACCAUCGAUCACCUCUAUCAGCCCAUCAGUUGUUUUGAUGAAUGUAGCAACCCCAGUAACCAUCACUGGUAACAACUUUGUUAACGGUGUCACCAAAGUCUACUUGAACCAAAUGUCGCCUGCCACAAACAUUUUAGAUUUUACACAAUUGGUAUUUGAGAGUAUUGUGUUGGUGUCGUUUGGAGCACAAAACAUUACAGUAUCAAAUGCAGCCAAUGCCAAUGCAACAACUACUUUGUUCUAUGACGCACCAGUCCCAACUGUUACCUCUGUCCAACCAAGUUCGGUAACCUAUGGUGCAUCUACCACGCUCACUAUUACUGGUACAAACUUUAUCAACACUUACACAGUUGCCCAAAUUGGUGGUGGCGUUUGUGACCCUCUUUUCGUCAAUGCCACUCAAAUACAAUGUAGAACCUUUGUUAUCUCCAGCAUUGUUCCGGUUACUCUAUUAAUUUUGAAUGGUCCAAAGACAUCGAAUGCAUUUAAUAUACCAAUUGCUUUCCCACAACCAAUUUUGAAUACAAUUACACCAAAUGUUGUAUAUAAUAAUGUCCCAACCUCUGUUACAAUCAACGGUAUUAACUUGGUUCUAGCAACAACUGUUAUCACUUUCUACGAUAGUGUGUAUCCAAAUAUCACAUGCAGUCCAACUGCAUUGUCUGUAGACAAUUUCGUUUGUAACUAUCCACCAACAAAUAUGGUUGGUGUAAGAAAUGUCAUUGCAAGCAAUGCCGGUAAAUAUUCGAAUGUUUUGACUCUUACCGUUCAAUCGCCAGUUGCAGUAAUCAACAGCGUAUUCCCAUCACAAGUUAUCUCUACCACUGUCACCCAGAUCACUGUCACUGGUUUCAAUUUCGUUUCGCCACAGCUCACCACUGUCUAUUUCGAUAAUCCACCAGUUUCAACUACACCACUCUUUGUCUCUGAAACUCAAGUUAUCUUCUACUCGAUUGCCUCUCAGCAAUUAGGUUUCAAGAAUAUCACCAUUGGUAAUACCGGUGCUGUUCAGAGUAAUAUUGUCGCCGUUGAGUAUGUCCCUGCUCCACCAGUGAUCAAUAGUUUCACACCGACAUCGGUCACCUUUGGAAAUCCAGUUUCCAUUACUUUGACAGGUUCUGGAUUCUACGAUAUCUCCACAGUCAAAUUCGACGAUAACACUCUAUGUGCAGUUAUGUUCCACAACAGCACAACCAUCGUUUGUGAAACACCACCACUUACCAGCAUCCCAACCAACUCUGGUAGUCCAGUAUUGAAUAUCGUUGUCACCAAUGAUCAAUAUAACUCUAACCAAAUCACCGUCAAUGUCAAUCCAAUCGUUCCACUCAUUUCCAAUAUCGAUCCAACUGUUGUAUAUGUCGGACAAUCCACUUCAGUCGCCAUCUACGGUUCAGGCUUCAUGAAUGCUGGUGUCAAUGUCUUGCUCAAUGGCAACUUGGUGCAAAUCGAUCAAGUUAGUUUCGAUAUAUUGAGAAUAACUGUUCCAGGAUUAUCCCAAGGUCGUUACAAUUUAACUGUAUUCAACGUUGAGCCAACAAAUUCCGCUCAAGUUGAGAUUGAAUACAAGGUUCAAACUCCAGUUAUUUACACUGUAUCACCAACCCAAGCCAACAUCUACGAAACCAGAUAUGAUUACAAGAGAGUUACCAUCUACGGUACUGGAUUCCUUCCAGAUAUCUCAACCGUUAAAGUUGGUGAAUACGAUUGUUCUCCUUAUAUCAUCAACUCCUACUAUGUUUUCUGUGAGAUGCCAGAUGUAACAUCACCGGGAAUUCGUCCAGUCAAUGUAUACAACUACGAGGCAGUAUCAAACACCAAGUACAUUGAAUACAUCAAUCCAUUCCCAGUCAACUACGUCUCACCAUCCUAUGUAUACCACGACGAUAGUGACACAAUCACAAUUACCCUCUACGGUCAAAACUUUGACAAUUCCGACGGUUUCGGUGAGGUUUAUAUCAAGAAUGACCAAGUCAAUCGUUUUUGUUCAGUCUUAGAAUUAAACCACACUCAGGUUAUUUGUAGAGUUGAUAUGUUGCCAGUUGGUUCCUACCAAGUUGAAUUCCAUUCCAAUCAACUUCAAUCCAACUCCACUCCAUUCGCUGUUCUUGACAGACCACUCUCUUGUCUCUCUUCAAGUGGUGCACCAGUAUCAUGGUGGUUCAUCAGAAAGAUUCCACAAUCACAAUCGUACAUCUACUUUGAUAGCGCUUCAACGAGUGCACAAUAUUUCAAUUCAAUUUCAUCCAGCUCCAGUUGUUUGGCAUUGACAUUGAACCAAGUCAAACAAGAUUCAAAUACACACAAUGGAUACGUUGCAUACAACGAUCACCCAUGGUUCGAUGAUUUAUCAGGACAGCUCGCCAGAUCGGUCAACGGAACUGCCAACAUCAACAAAUCACUUGGUAAAGGUCUCCUUGUUGCACAGACCUAUUUCAAUGCCACCUAUUCACCUGGAUUCCACAUUAAACACUCAAUGGAAGGUUUCCCAGUCCCAACUUCCGACGGCUUCAAGUUGCCAUCUGACUAUCCCGAUAGCUGGCUCCCAAAUGACUAUCGUCUCAGACCAACUCAAACCGACGACUAUUCAUUCGGUCACUCCUUCUUGUGUAAUGGAUUCACUGAUUCCACCGAUAUUAUCAAUGCCAUUGAAGUAUUGCGUCCAUUUGUCUACUCAAGUAACAGAUACAACACUGGUACGGUCAACCUUCUCACACCAUUGUUCGACACAAGUUCAUUGGUUAGCUACACCUCACCAAGUUGGUCGUCAGGAGUAUUCCUCUCAUCUGGAUUCAAACAAAGUAUAUUCCCACCAGUUGGAUUGUUGCCAUUGUCCAUUACAUUGCCAUCGAAAUACAAAUUACCAGCCGGUGCAAUCGGUAUUAUCGAGACUAAACUCUCACCUGACUUUGUCUCAAAGAACAACAUUCCAGCUAAACUUUCACAAUGGAAAUCGGAUGUCGAUAAAAGUUACAUUGCUUUCAACGAUACUCAUAUUUGUCUUGGUGACUACACCUCCAAGACUGCAUUGGGUGGUGGUCUAGCAGUCUGUGUGAUUCAACCAGUCAUUGGUGACUUCCUCAUUAGAUCGAUCUUUAAAUAUCAGCAAACCACUUGUAAUUCAACCACAUGCACAUCCAGUUCCACCAAGAAUCAAUUCUUCAUCUCCAUUAAGGCUAAGCUUUUGUUUGAUACUACCUAUGUCAACAGUGGUGAUUUAUCAACCUAUUUGAGCCUGGUAGAUCCAUUGUUACCAAACACCAAAUUGAGAAUUUCCAAUCUUGGAUGUACCGGUCAACUCUGUCCAUUGGAUCAAACUCUUAACCAAACUCUCCAAACCGAUUCCUCCUCGAUUUUCUCAUUCCGUGGUAGUUAUGACCCAGUUCUCAAUGUUGUUCUUCAAUCAACUGAUAACAAUAUCACUGUCAAAUCAUCAUCUUCCAUCUAUUCAUUCCCAAUUGUCAAUGUUUCUGGUACCUAUAUUCCACAAACAACAAACAAUUUCCAAAAGAAUCUCAUUUUCAGUUACCAUUUGAUACAAAUGGUAAAGAAAAUCAAUGAUAAUCUUGGUUUUGGUAAUCUCGGUCCAAUUACAUUGCUUAUCUCUGAUAAUGUUGGUAUCAUCAACAAUAUGUGGGAUUUCCAAAUCUCUAUGGAUCCACUCGAUGUAGAGCAAUUGUUCCGUGCACUCAGUUACAAUGUUCUCUACCAAUUAAACAAUGGUAUUGUCAGUACAGAGAUGCCAUCAUACCAUAUCUUUGAUGCAACUGACAAUAAAUCAGAAGCAUUGCUUGGAGGUUUGGUCAACUUUGUUGCCAUGAAACUCAGACAGUUGACUUUACCAGCACUUCCAUUGUCAAUGGUACAAUCUCUAGUCGAUCCAGCUUCAACCCAAUCUGUCAAUCUCGAAUGGUUCACCAGUUCCAGAAUGGAUAGAAGAAACGGUGUCAACUCACAAGGUUGGAUCGCAGCCUACCUCUGGGAUUUGACUGACGAAGAAAACGAUGACUAUGUCAACACCUCUCUAAGAAGACCACCAUACAGUGACAACAACUUUGGAAAUCAAAUUGAAUUCAAAUAUAUCCUCAACAAUACAAAGAUCAAUGGAUUGCAAUCGGAUAUUAUUUCAUUCUCUGAAUCGUUGUUCACUUUGUUGCCAACUUACAAUCCACUUAUCAUUCCACACUCUCGCUCCAUCAUGAAAUACAACAAUAUCUUUGAAUGCACUUAUUGUGUUGUUGAGAAUCCUCCAGCAGUAUCAGAUCCAACCAACUUUGUAAAUGUAUUGCUCUCCCACGGUGUUUGUCAAUCAACUAUUGAUUCAACAGUUCUCCCAACGAUCUCUGAAGUUCAAGAGUUUGCAUCGUUCUGGAUUUCAUCAAUGGAAGAACCAACCAAUUGGGAAACCAAUCAAGCUCUUAACAUCCUCUAUUCUGCUCAAUUCAAAUCAAUCUAUUCCAAUUCAUUGUUAUUGGAAGCACUCAUGCAAGUUGUUGAUCCAACACUUUGUGAGUUGGAAUUUGAGAAUGGAUACCCAAUCACACCAAAAGGUUUGGAGAUAUUCACAAGAGUUCUUGUCAAUCAAAUCAAUGUUGCAAGAAAGAAGAUCACUUAUAAUGAAGUUGAAACAUUCUUUGUUCAACCAUUGAAUGCUCAAACUGGAUUGGCGAUCAUCACCUACAAGAACUAUCUUUGUGCAUUCAACAUUGUCAAUGAAACAGAUUUCAACAGUGGUGCUAUUCUCUCAUUAUGUCCAAGUGGACCAAUUGUCACAUCGAUCACUGGAACCAACGGACCAACACACUCUGACAGCAAUGCAAUCACCCUUACCGGUCACAAUUUGGCGGAAUCAGGUGUUCAAGUAUCUCUUGGUACUAAAGCUUGUCCAGUUAUUAGUGCAACAGACACCCAAUUGAUUUGUAAAGUUGGACAAGGUGUUGGUAUAUUACCAAUCAGUUAUUCGAAUAUCAACACUGUACUCCCAGGUGAAACACCAUUAUCCAAUUACAACUUCACCUACGACAAGCCAAUUAUCACUUCCAUCUUCCCAAGUUCACCAAUUGCUACUGUUGGUGAGAGAGUUACCGUCGUCGGUAAAAACUUUGGUUUCAACAAUGACGAUACACAAUUGAUCAUCGACCAAUUUAGUUAUAAGAUCGUAUCAUUCACCACCAGUAUGGGUGAGGAAAGCUUGUUGUUCUUAUCCAAUGGAACCGGUUUGCAAAAUAUUGUUACUGUUGUUGCAGGAGGACAAUACACCACUGGAGCAGUACAAUACUCUAUUGACUACGAAGCACCAACUAUCAACACUAUCUCAGUCAAUACAUCGCCAACACCAGGUGGAGGAGAGAUGACAGUCACUGGUACUUCAUUCGGUGAGAUUGAUUCUUCGAUCACUGUAUACAUCGGACCAGCUCAAUGUGCCGAGACUAUCAGAGUCAAUGACAACACUGCUCUUUGUACCAUUCCAUCUAGUUGGGGUAUCAACAAGGUAGGAAUAGUAGUAGAUGGUCAAUCCUAUGUCGACGGACCAACAUUCACCUACCCAGUUCCAAAGAUAUUCCAAGUGUUGCAGUCCAAUAAUACUCCCACUGCCAACAGCAGUCUUUUCUGGGUGGUCGGUUCCGAUCUCGGACCUCUUGGAUUCACUGACUUCAAUAUGAGCGUCUAUCUGAAUGUCUCUGUUGAAUGUGAAGUCGAUGAGUUCUGCUACAUGAACAAACAAUACAUAGAUGUUGAAGGUUUUCCAAUGCCAGUCCCAACCGAUCCAUAUUACAACGGUGAAUUCGAUCCAUACGUUCUCCUCAACGAAUCAUACCGUACCACAGUCAACUUUGAUUGUUUGAACCAAUCAGACACAGAUGGUGGUCAACCAAUUACACUCAUCGGUUAUGAUUUUGCUCCAAAUGAAUUGAAUAUCACUGAUUAUCUUGUUCAAUACACACCUAACCCAGCAUACACAACAUUUGAAGGACCACUCACAUACAGUAAUGCAAGUAUUGGAAGUUAUCUUCUCAAUAAUAUCACAUUCAUCAAUUCAACUUUAGUCACUGGUAACGUACCACCAGGUAUAGGUGCCAAUUUAACAGUUUCAUUGUUCAUUGGUGGCCAAAAUGCAACACAAAACUUCACAUUCUCAUACAAUGCACCAAAUGUCAGUUCAAUAUCAACAUCAGACACACCAGGUCAAAACAUCACGAUUUCUGGAAUCAACUUUGUUCCACACAACGUUUCAGCAGGUAAUUCAAGUUUUGUUUUGAUCAAUGGAACCGAAUGCAAAUCACCAGUUUGGAUUUCAUCAAGCAACAUCAGUUGUACUCUUUCACCAGGAAUUGGAAAGAAUUUGACUGUUACCGUUUCAAUCGGUGCUCAAAAUAAUACUGAUAAUACUUUAUUCUCAUAUAAUCCACCUAAUAUCACAACAAUUUCAAAUAGUAAAACAGAUGGAGAUAUCAUUUCAUUGAUUGGAUUUAAUUUCGUUCCAAAUGGAGUUGAUCCAGUCAAAUCAAAUAUUACGAUUGCUGGACAUGCAUGUGGAAAUGUCAAUUGGAUCAAUGAGAACAAUGUGACAUGCACAGUUCAAGCAGGAAUUGGAAAGAACUUGACAGUUUCAUUGAUUGUUGGUGAUCAACCAAAUCAACAAGACAACAUUACAUUCUCAUAUCAACCACCAGCCAUCAAGAAUAUCUCAAGUACCGAUACCGAUGGAGGUCAAAUUACAAUCGAUGGUUCAAACUUUGUUCCAGAGAAUGUUGAACCAUUGAACUCCAACAUCACAAUCAACAGUGAAGAUUGUAAUUCAAUCGAAUGGAUCAGCUCCACAAAGAUUGUUUGUACAUCACCACCAGGUAUUGGAAGAAAUCAAACAUUCGUCUUGUUUGUUGGAAAUCAAACAACAUCUGACAAACAAUACUUUAACUACAACGCACCAACAAUUUCAAGUAUCACACAAUCCAAGACUGAUGGUGAACAAAUUACAGUCACCGGAACAAACUUUGUUCCAGAGAACGUUGAACCAUUGAACUCCAAUUUGACAAUCAACGAAAAUGAUUGUAACGACAUUGAAUGGGUCAGCUCAACUGAAAUACGUUGCACAGUUUCAAAGGGUAUUGGAAAAGAUCUUUCAGUUACCUUAUUCGUUGGAAAUCAAACAACAUCUGAAAAAUCAACAUUCAAUUACAAUGCACCAUCGAUUUCAACGGUAUCUAAAUCAAAUACAGUUGGAAGCUCAAUUACAAUCGAUGGUACAAACUUUGUUCCAGAGAAUGUCGAACCAAAGAAUUCAAACGUCACAAUCAACGAUCAAGGAUGUGAGAAUAUUGAAUGGACAAGUUCAUCAAAGAUCAUUUGUGAUUCACCAGCUGGAAUUGGAAAAGAUAUUUCAUUGACACUCUUCGUUGGAAAUCAAUCAACCACUUCAAAACUUUCAUACAACAUUCCAACAUUGGAUAAUAUUAAAUAUGAAGGAGAUCCAUCUGGAGGUGAUUGGAUAACAAUCAAAGGUGAUAACUUUAUUCCAUCACAAUUCACAUCAGAUAUCAAUCAGAAACCACAAGAUUCAAACAAUUCAGUUUCAAUCGAUGGCAAUCAAUGUCAAUCAGUUGAAUGGAUUGAUAACAACAAUGUGAAAUGUCAAAUUCCAUCAGGAUCCGGAAAGAACAAAGAAAUCAAAGUUGUUGUUGGUACUCAACGUACUGAUACCAAUCAAUUAUUUGAUUACAAAUCACCAACAGUCACAUCUAUUUCACCAUCAAGUGGAGAUAGAGAUCAAGAGACAUUGGUUACGAUCACCGGUAAAUACUUUGGACAAAACCCAACUGCCACAAUAGGUGAAGCUGGUGAAUGUACCAAUGUUGUAGUUCUCUCCAAGUUGAACGGAAACGAUCGUUUACAAUGUAAUGUUCCAACACGUGAUAGAAACUCUGAAGAAAUAGUCUCAGUGACAUCCAACGGUCAGAAGUCAAAUGAAACCAAUGUCACAUACAAAUACACUGGAACACCAAAGAUCGAUUCGAUUUCCCCACAAUCAGGUUCAGUCGAUGGUGGUUUCGAAAUGACAUUGUCAGCACAAACCCCAACCAUUAUCUCUGCAACCUCAACUACCAUCAAGAUAACCGUUCCAAAGGGUGGAGGUAGAAAUAUUCCUAUCUAUGUUAAGGUUGGUGAUCAAAGCAGUAACACAAACACUGACUUCUCAUACAAUGCUCCUUCGAUCAGAUCGAUCACACCAGACGAAGGACCAUAUGAUGAACAAACUUCAAUCACAAUCGAUGGUUCAGAUCUUGGUUUAGCCACUGAAUCUUCAAGUACCCAGGUUUUGAUAGGUGCAGUUCCAUGCUCCAACAUUCAAGUUCAAUCGUCAUCGUCAGUCACCUGCACUGUUGAACCAUCUGGUACUGAAGGUCAAGUUACUGUUCAACUUACAUUCUACUCACAAAGUGCAACUAGUUCAUUCACUUUCAAGAAAGAUGAUAGUAGUAGUGAAAGCAGCAGUGAGAGUCACAGUGAAGGUAGUCAAGAUGAUUCAACAACUUCCACUACCUCAACAUCCACUACCUCAACCACUUCGACUACUUCAACUACUUCGACUACCUCAACUACUUCAUCGACAACAGGUGGAACCACCUCUAACCCAACAACAGGUGAACCCACUUCAAGUCCAACAUCAAUAUCACCAACAACUGUUUCUCCACCAAUAGCUCCACCAGUUGCACCCCCAAUCGCUCCACCAAUCGCACCACCAAUUGCUCCACCAAUCGCCCCACCAAUCGCACCACCAAUUGCACCACCAAUUGCUCCAACCGGAGGUGAUACAACAUCAUCCAACCCAACAACUUCAUCAAAUCCAACUACUUCGUCAAACCCAACAACUUCAUCAAAUCCAACUACAUCGUCCAACCCAACAACAUCAUCUGACCCAACAACAUCAACAACUUCAGAGCCAAUUACAUCCACAACAUCAACUACUGGAACUACAGGAACAACUGGCACAACUGGAACAGGCGUUCCCACAACCACAUCUACAACCGGACCUUCUACUACUGUUGAUACUACAUCUGGUACCACCUCAAUUCCAAUUACAACAGGAGGUAGUAAUACAACUGAUUCCACAACUACAUCUACCACCUCUACAACCAUGGAGCCAACUACAAGUAGUACCACCACCGAACCGACUACCGUUGGAACAACAACAACUAGCACUACCAUUGAACCAACUACAGUCGGAACAACCACAAGUACUACUAUUGAGCCAACAACCGUAGGAACAACCACAAGCACCACCAUCGAACCAACAACCGUAGGAACAACCACAAGUACUACCAUCGAACCAACAACCGGAGGAACAACUACUACUGAACCAACCACAAGUAGUACCACCAGUGAACCAACAACCGGAGGAACUACUUCAACAACAGGUGAUACAACUUCCUCAAAUCCUACAACUGGUUCGAAUCCAACAACAGGUUCACCAACAUCGGUAUCACCCACCACAGGAUCACCAGUUGCACCACCAGUUGCACCACCAAUUGCACCACCAAUUGCUCCACCAAUUGCACCACCAAUCGCACCACCAAUUGCACCAGUCGGAGGAGGUGAUACAACAUCGUCUAAUCCAACAACUUCAUCCAACCCAACUACAUCAUCCAAUCCAACAACAUCAUCAAAUCCAACUACCUCAUCAACAACAUCUGACCCAACAUCGACAACCGGUGGAACUACAUCUGAACCAAUUACUACAACAUCGACAACUGGAACAACAUCUGACCCAACAUCGACAACCGGUGGAACAACAUCUGAACCAAUAACAACAUCGACAACCGGAACAACUGUAAUCCCAACAACAUCAACAACUGGAACAACAUCUGAACCAAUUUCAACAACAACCUCGAUCCCAAUCAUCACCACAGGUAACACUACUGACUCUACCACUUCCACAACAUCGACAACUGGUGGAACUACAACCACCGAACCAACAACCAUAGGAACAACCACAAGUAGUACUACUAUCGAACCAACAACUGGUGGAACAACCACAAGUACCACCAUUGAACCAACAACAGUCGGAACAACCACAAGUAGCACCACCAUCGAACCAACAACCGUAGGAACAACCACAAGUACCCCAACAACAGUAGGAACAACUACUACUGAACCAACCACAAGUAGCACCACCAUCGAACCAACAACCAUAGGAACAACCACAAGUACUACCAUCGAACCAACAACCGGAGGAACAACUACUACUGAACCAACAACCGUAGGAACUACUUCAACAACAGGUGAUACAACUUCCUCAAAUCCUACAACUGGUUCGAAUCCAACAACAGGUUCACCAACAUCGGUAUCACCCACCACAGGAUCACCAGUUGCACCACCAGUCGCACCACCAAUUGCACCACCAAUUGCUCCACCAAUCGCACCACCAAUUGCACCAGUCGGAGGAGGUGAUACAACUUCAUCCAACCCUACAACAUCAUCAAAUCCAACAACUUCAUCCAAUCCAACUACAUCGUCCAACCCAACAACAACAUCUGACCCAACAUCUACAACCUCUGGUACGACAUCUGAACCAAUAACAACCACAUCGACAACUGGUACAACAGUCUCAACAACAUCAACAACUGGAACAACAUCUGAACCAAUAACAACAUCGACAACCGGAACAACUGUAAUCCCAACAACAUCAACAACUGGAACAACAUCUGAACCAAUCACAACCACAUCGACAACUGGUACAACAGUCUCAACAACAUCGACAACCGGAACAACAUCAGAACCAAUCACAACCACAUCGACAACUGGAGUACCUACAACAUCGACAACUGGCACCACUGGAGUCCCAACCACCAGUCCCACUACAUCCGAACCAAUUUCAACAACAACCUCGAUCCCAAUCAUCACCACAGGUAACUCUACUGACUCGACCACCUCCACAACCUCAACAACUGGCGGAACAACCACAAGUAGCACCACCAUCGAACCAACUACCGUAGGAACAACCACAAGUACCUCCAGUGAACCAACUACAGAACAACCCACAAGUACCCCAACAACUGGUGGAACAACCACAAGUACUACCAUCGAACCAACAACCGUAGGAACAACUACUACUGAACCAACCACAAGUAGUACCACCAGUGAACCAACAACCGGAGGAACUACAACUGCUGAGCCAACUACAGUAGGAACAACCACAAGUACCACCAGUGAACCAACAACCGGAGGAACUACUUCAACAACAGGUGAUACAACUUCCUCAAAUCCUACAACUGGUUCGAAUCCAACAACAGGUUCACCAACAUCGGUAUCACCCACCACAGGAUCACCAGUCGCACCACCAAUUGCUCCACCAAUUGCUCCACCAAUCGCACCACCAAUUGCACCAGUCGGAGGAGGUGAUACAACAUCAUCCAACCCAACAACAUCAUCCAACCCUACAACAUCAUCAAAUCCAACAACUUCAUCCAAUCCAACUACAUCGUCCAACCCAACAACAACAUCUGACCCAACAUCUACAACCUCUGGUACGACAUCUGAACCAAUAACAACCACAUCGACAACUGGUACAACAGUCUCAACAACAUCGACAACUGGAACAACAUCAGAUCCAAUCACAACCACAUCGACAACUGGAGUACCUACAACAUCGACAACUGGCACCACUGGAGUCCCAACCACCAGUCCCACUACAUCCGAACCAAUUUCAACAACAACCUCGAUCCCAAUCAUCACCACAGGUAACUCUACUGACUCAACUUCAACAACCUCAACAACUGGUGGAACAACCACAAGUGAACCAACAACCGUAGGAACAACAACCACCAGUGAACCAACCACAACUAGUACCACCAUUGAACCAACUACCGGAGGAACUACAACUGCUGAACCAACUACAGUAGGAACAACCACAAGUACCACAAGUGAACCAACAACCGGAGGAACUACCACUACUGAGCCAACAACAGGUAGCACCACAAGUGAACCAACAACCGUAGGAACAACAACCACCAGUGAACCAACCACAACUAGUACUACCAGUGAACCAACUACGGGAGGAACAACCAUAGGAACAACCACAAGUACCACCAGUGAACCAACUACAGUAGGAACAACCAUAGGAACAACCACAAGUAGUACCACCAGUGAACCAACAACCGGAGGAACUACAACUGCUGAGCCAACUACAGUAGGAACAACCACAAGUACCACCAGUGAACCAACAACCGGAGGAACUACUUCAACAACAGGUGAUACAACUUCUUCAAAUCCUACAACUGGUUCGAAUCCAACAACAGGUUCACCAACAUCGGUAUCACCCACCACAGGAUCACCAGUUGCACCACCAAUCGCACCACCAAUCGCACCACCAAUUGCACCAGUCGGAGGAGGUGAUACAACAUCAUCAAACCCAACAACUUCAUCAAAUCCAACCACAACAUCAACAACUGGAACAACAUCUGAACCUAUUACAACCACAUCGACAACUGGUACAACAGUCUCAACAACAUCGACAACUGGAACAACAUCAGAUCCAAUCACAACCACAUCGACAACUGGAGUACCUACAACAUCGACAACUGGCACCACUGGAGUCCCAACCACCAGUCCCACUACAUCCGAACCAAUUUCAACAACAACCGCGAUCCCAAUCAUCACCUCGGGUAACUCCACUGACUCGACCACCUCCACAACCUCAACAACUGGUGGAACAACCACAAGUGAACCAACAACCGUAGGAACAACAACCACCAGUGAACCAACCACAAGCAGUACCACCAUUGAACCAACAACCGUAGGAACAACAACUACAAGUGAACCAACUACCAUAGGAACUACUUCAACAACCGGAGGUACUACCUCUCUACCAACAACAGGUGUAUCCACAUCGACCACAUCAGGACAAUCAACAACCGGCUUGACAACAAGUGAGCCAAUUUCCUCCACUACCUCGACGACAAUCUCAGGAAAUACCACCGACUCAACAACUUCCGGAACAUCCACAAGCUCAACCACAGGAACUGGAACAACCAGCACAACAACUUCUACAGGAAUUUCAACCUCGACUGGCAUUUCAACCACAGGUGGACACCAAUACUACACUCGUUUAGAAGGUUUGAUUUAUAAUGACACCAACUUUAACAAUGAAUUAGACGAGAAUGAGAAACUGUUACCAAACAUGGUGAUCCGAAUCAUUGGACAAAACCUUGAUACCACAGUAACAUCGAACGCUAACGGAUCAUUCGAGUAUCAUUUCACAGAGUCUGGUAUUUACACCAUAGACGUAGUCACCGAUGAAUCCUCGCCAUUCUUUAUUCCACAGACCCUCCAAAUUGAAGUAUAUGUUGGUCAUUUGAAUGACAUCAGAUAUUGUGUCAAUGUAAACGUCUCUGUCUUCUGGAAAUCUGAUAACGGUUGUAUUGGAACCAUUUCCAACGCUCAGCAAUCCCUCAAAGUCCAACAUGGAACAUUCGAUGCCUCCGACUGGGAUUACGAUGUUUCCACCGGGCCAAAUACCUUCUCUUUCCCAGAGUAUUGUGACGUUGAACUCAAUGGUUCCAUUGUCACUGUCCACUACAAAUCACAGGUAGAAUUAACACUCUAUGCCGAUGGAAACUUGAAUGGAUUAGAGGAUAGCAAUGAAGCAGCUUCCAGCUACCCAACUGACACAACGCUCUUGGUCAAGUCAACUGUGAAUGGAAAAAUAAUCAGUCGCUCAUUCCAUAUUGAUUCAUUACCCUCGACCAUUACCAUCGAUAUUCCUGACAAUAGUAGCAUAAAGCUGAUCAAUAACAACAAUAAUAUAGUAAGCAGUUACAACACAAAGAAUUAUAUUGUUGCCAAUCCAAGUGUUACCUCAACUACAAUCGAUAGAAUUGGUUUCUUCAAAGCUAAUCCAAGCGAUACUGUUACCAUGACUGGUGCCGACUCACAGUCACUCUCGCUCUCAUACGGUAAAUUCAACAAAACAUUCUUUGACAACAUCGGUUGGAACAGCAUAGAUGUAUCAGUCACUCCAGGACCAAAUCAAAUGAUUAUUGUAGAAUCGACCGACGGUACAACUCAAGAAGUAAAUAACGGUCAAAAUUCUAUUCUCCCUAAUUCCGAUAUAGCAUCCAUUGAAGUAGUAUAUACUGAACUAUUCAACAAUCUGCCAAACAUUCCAACAAAUGGAGGAGAUAUCCAUCUAAGAAACAUAUAUUGGAAUUAUGACGUGAAACCAGUGCUCUCUAUUGAAGGUGUAUCGAUCGAUUGUUCUCCAGAAAGCUCCUCAUCUGUUAAAUGUUCAGUUCCUCCAUAUCUUAACGGAUCACCAAGCAAACACAUAGACAUUAAAUGGAAUGGAAUGAGUCUAUUCUCCAAUGGAGAUAUCAACUACGACGCCAGCACAACCACCUCAAAUUAA